AUGUUCAAGACAUUUGAUACCAAAAGAGACUUUCCACGAAUCAGUGCUAGUGGACCACUUGUAAAAACGCAUGUUGAAUUGAUCAAGACACAGGCGCCUAUCUAUCAACAGAGAUUGAGAAGCUACCAAGUAAAGGCGCAACUGCAAGAUCUCAGAAAUUUGGCGACGCUAUGGGAUGGGUAUUUCUCUGAUUCUAUCAACCGUGCGCUAAGUUCGGGUGAGCGGUGCUUACUGGCAUUAGCUGAAUUCGACAAAGUCGUCACUACGGAAGGAUAUAGGAUGAAUGAUGAGAAGGCACAGAUUUUGAUUGGGAUUCGGACCAAUUGUGAUUUAUUGACCUCCAUCACUUCCACAAUGAACGAUAAUUGUAUGGAACUUUCUCAAGACGUGAUUCCGAGCCUAAGAGGUUGCGAUCAAUUUCUUGAGUUUAGGGUAUUCUUGUCAGACUCUAUUAAUGAGCUUUCGUCAACGUUAUUUUUUACUCAGUCAGCUCUCACAAACAUAUCGGCUUCAAUCGGUCCUUGUCGUCGCCACCCACAAGAUCAGAAGGGUGAGGUUAUGUUUUUUGCAGUUCUCGUGUUCGGGGGCAGUUUCAUUUUCAUGUGCUUAUUGACGAUUAUCACCAAGUUCAAGUCAAGUCUGUGA